CAGCUACCAACUGUGACCACAGGCGAGAUGCAGAUUGUCUGCCAUCAGGUCCCGGUGCUGGCAGGUAGCGCCACAUUGGCCACUAUGGGGACCCUGAUCCUGUGCUCAGGGAAACCUGCCAGUUACGGGAAACACACAGAGAGUGUGUCGUCGGGAGUUCCCUUCCUGCCCGCACGCAUUGCCUGGUUCCUGCAGGAGUUGCCUUCCUUUGUGGUGUCGGUAGGGAUGCUCGCUUGGCAGCCGCGCUCCCUCUUCGGACCGCCGGGGAAUGUCCUGCUGGCUCUCUUCUCUGCACAUUACUUCCACAGGACAUUUAUUUACUCGUUGCUCACAAGAGGGAGGCCUUUCCCAGCGGUGCUGUUUUUGAGAGCCACUGCCUUCUGCAUAGGGAACGGACUCCUUCAAGCCUACUACCUGGUUUACUGCGCAGAAUACCCCGAGGAGUGGUACACAGAUGUGCGGUUUAGCUUUGGGGUCUUCCUGUUUAUUCUGGGAAUGGGAAUCAACAUCCACAGUGACUACACCCUACGCCAGCUCAGGAAGCCUGGAGAAGUCAUCUAUAGGAUUCCACGAGGCGGCCUGUUUACCUACGUCUCUGGAGCCAAUUUCCUGGGCGAGAUUAUUGAAUGGAUUGGCUACGCCUUGGCCACGUGGUCCGUCCCAGCCUUCGCUUUCGCCUUUUUCACACUUUGUUUCCUGGGGAUGCAAGCCUUUUACCACCACAGGUUCUACCUUAAGAUGUUUAAGGAUUACCCCAAAUCUAGGAAAGCUCUUAUUCCAUUCAUCUUUUAAAGAGCCCCAAUUUUAAAGAGCAAAGUUUCUGUGGAGGAACUGCUCGGCUGCUGAAACUAUAAACUGUAAACUAUAACAGUGUCUUGCUCACAUGUAUAUACGGUGAUGUAUGUGUUAAAAGGUCUCUUGUUAUUCCAGUUGCUUGAGGCAUGCAGGGUCAUGCCUGCUUAGCCUAUACUCCUUUCUGCCCAGGGAGCUCUAACCCAAUUUCCUUUUGGAGCUUCACAGAGGCCAUUUUAUUCUUAGCUAUACCAUCUAGAAGCUUCUUGUUUCCCACGGUAUGAUCUGAAGAGGUAAUUGUUUUCUUAUUCUGUGUCACUUUGGGGAAGUUCUGCAGUCAAAACCCUUUGGACUGACAUAAUGAAAAAUGAAAUUAUAGCAAUUGCAGGAAAGUGGGUAGAACUGGAAAUUAUUAUAUUAAGCAACCUAAUCCUGACUCAGAAAGACAAAUACUGCAUGUUUGUUUCAUGUGCAGGUUCUAGCUUUUAAUAUAUAUGUAACUGUUCAUAUGUGUGUGUUGGGGGUCAUAUAGUUCAUUGAUUUGGAAAGGAGAUCAUGAGAAGAGAAAAGGGGUCUUGCUGGGAGGAAAAAAAGAGGGAAAUAAAAUUUGUGUGUCAGAGAGAGGCUACUGCAGGAGGAAGGGGAGCAUCAGGAGAAAUGUAGGAGAGAAGGGGAGGAGGAUUGGCAAAAAUAAAGCAUGUAUGAAAAUGUCCAUAAUGAAACCAAUUACUUUGUAUGUUGGUUUUAAAAAACCAACCAGCCAGCCAUCCAGUCAAUAAACCAUCCAGCCAGCCAGUCAAUCAACCAGCUGGCCAGCCAGCCUACCAACCAAUCAACCAACCAACCAACCAAUCAACCAACCAACCAACCAACCAACCAACCAACCAACCAACCAACCAACCAGCCACCAAUCAACCAACCAACCAACCAACCACCACCAAUCAACCAACCAACCAA